AUGUCUGCGGUUUCUUCUCCUAAGCAGUCUCAGCAUUCCGAUGUGAAAUUUCCUGAGAUUGUGCCACGGAUGGAUGAAGCGAUGGAUGAGGUAAAAGAGGAGGCGCAAGUGGAGAGAGAGGAAGUAGAAGAAGAAUUCCACUUACCUGUCUGUUUUCGCAUGCAUUAUGAUGCACUUCCAUAUCCACGAACAAAUGUCUUCCGUGGGCCAAGUACGUAUCGAUUGCAUUCCCAGAUUGUUUUGCCGUUCAUAAAACCGCUGUCCUCCGCCACUGUUGGUGAGUUGGUGUCCCGCUUCACCGCACGGGCGUUCAAGUGUUACCCUGAGCUAUCUGAUUUUGUGGUUGAGGCCUUGUAUCCGUGCUUUCAAGGGACGACAACUAGUGGUGAUAAUGUAUUCAUUGGUCAUUUGUCGGACCGUAUUGUUGUCAAGGAGCAUGCAGCGUCCCCGCUGUUGAGCUUCCUCGCUCCCACCACACCGGGCAAAACGGCGGUGUAUGACCUUUUCACGCUAUGGAGGGGGACAAAAACGCGUUGUGGAUCAGCACAAAUGCCGGUGCUGGCUCCCAUAUGCCAUAAUGCUGACAUGAAAAAUGGUGGAAGGCAGCAGGAAAACGCAAUGAUUUACACGUGGCCCAACGUGUCUCUCAGUGAAAUCCCCUACCCGCUCAAGCACAGAUGUCCCCUCACGAAGUUGCCUCCACUCUUCAGCUCAGGAGAGGAAGGUGGUUUAUGCGAUGGCUUACCUGCGGUUCAUUCGCGAUUAAACCCGGAGCAGAGGAAGCUGCUGGACCAACUCGUUGGUUUUGAGUCGGAGGAACGUCACGCUCGCAGUAGUAUUUUGGAAGAUGAAGGAGUGUCUUGGAGAAGCUUUCGGGAAUGGGAAUUAGACGCUAGGCGACGUACAGUGGUUCUGUUGCGUCUGAAGAGUAGAGAUGCAUCUAAAGUACCAUUAUGUGGUCUUGAAGAGUUUAAUGUACCCGAGUUUCCCCGCACGUACCCUGUGGAUACGGUUCCACUAAUAUCCCCCGAAAAGAUGGUAAAGCUUGAAAAGGUGAAGGAGUACUCGAUAGACACUGUUUGGCUAUCCCGCGCAUUUGCCAGGUAUGAGAAACGUCAAUCUUGCGACACCAACGACACCCAACCGCAGCCGCUGCCCUCAAAGCUUCGUGAAUGCAAUGGGAAUGCCGUUGCAUCAAGCGCACAACUAGGUGAGAACAUAGACAAUAGUGUUGAUAAGGGCGAUGAGUCCGAUGAGAUGGACGAGCUCAUUGAUCAGUUCGCAGAUUUCCGUCGCGACUUGCUAAUGUUGGAGCGCAAAGAGUUCCGUAGUCUUACAGCAGGAUUUCGGCUCAUUCUGGAGCGGCAGAGAGAGUUUGAAGAGGAGUACAUGAAGGAAAUAAUGGCUGAUGAGCUACGCGGUACGGAUGUGUUAGAUGCUGAAAGCUAUGAGGCGCCUUAUGAUUCGCAGAAUGUCAAUGGCGCAUGGACUUGUGUCGCAAGAAUGAGCGCAUCUCCACAAGAUUAUAGUGCAAAUCUGCCAAAUGGGUGCGCUGCGUCGUCGCCGGCGCCACCGUCCACAUGCGCAUCACCUGCUAAAGUGGUAAAGGAGGUCGAGCUAGUUGGAGAUUCGCCCAAGUUUCCAUCUUAUGAAAAGAGGGAGUGCGACAUAGGCGUUAAGGCUGUCACGUGUCCGGACUUCGAGGAUGGGAUUCCUUACCGCAAGAUUCUGACCGAUAAAGAGGCACGCGUUCGGGCUGCACUCGAUACCAUUGAACGUAUUGAUUCCCAGUGGUCUGAACCCAUGUGGUUGAAGGUGGGGAAACGUCGUGUGGAGCAUUGUGAAGCUGAUGUACGACGUAAGUUGUAUGCGGACGAGGUUGCUAGGAGAUGUGAUAUAUGCAUUUGUCAGAGGCAGGAUGUGGAACACAUGAAAGAGAAGAAACGCCUUGCGCUCGUCAGAGCCUUUGAACCUAUCGUCGAGGGAGAGGAAGAGGACCGUAUGGCUAUUUACGAGGAAGAGGAGCGUUGGCGAUCGCUUCUUCUUUCCUUGUGUCUCCGUGGUGUAGUGCUGCUGAAGACUUUUAGGCCUCAGCGUUGGGGAUGGGACGAUGAUGUAUAA